CAUAAGGAAGUUUAUCUCACGCAUGCGCAUUGCGUUUCUAUCACACACGUGUACCAUGGAUCCCACAGUGGGAGAUAAAGUGUCCCUGGACCAGUUUCAGGUGAAGAAAGCUGUGCAGGCAUUGCAGGCUUAUUUGAAGAGCACCUCGAGUAAGACGCUUCUCGAUGAAACUCAACAAAUGUGUCUUCUCCUUACUUUCUGGAAGAUCCCCAGUAAGGAGCAGACCAUUCGCAUUCCUCUGCCUCAUGCUCUCUACAACGAGUCAGUCGAGGUUUGCCUCUUCACACGGGAUGAACCCAACAUGACUCCAGAUCAGACAGAAAGGUUCUACAAGAAAUUACUCACACAGAGUGGGGUCAAGUUUAUGCCUCAGGUGAUUCCUUUCAAAGUACUGAAGACUGAAUAUAAGCCAUUUGAAGCCAAGAGGAGACUGCUCAGCAACUUUGACAUCUUCCUCGCAGACGCACGCAUUCGCCGUCGCUUACCUUCCCACAUUGGGAAACAUUUUUAUUUGCGGAAAAAGGCUCCAUUGUCGGUGGAUUUGAGGAGCAAACACCUGGCCAGAGAUUUGGAUCGGCUUGUUCAGGGCACAACCCUCAGCGUCAACAAAAAAGGCUCCUGUUGCCUGGUGCGUGUAGCACACUCGAGGAUGACCACAGAUGAGAUUGUUGAGAACGUAGUCACAGCGGUUAACACCAUUUCUCAAAAGUUACAUUUGAAGGGAAAAAGCAUCAAAAUCAUCCACCUGAAAAGUCACACCUCUAUAGCUCUUCCCAUCUACACCUCUGAUCUGAGCCACCUGACGCUGCUGGAGGAGGAACGGAAGAAUGCCAGAUUAGCAAAGGGUAAAAAGCGGAAUCAGAGGAAACAGAAAUCAGUGAACAAUGAUGAUGCUAAAGAUGGAAAAGCUGAGCAGGUUGUUGAGUCUGAUGGUGAAGAAAAAGCUGAGGAGGACAUGCCACAGCUGGUACCUAUUGAGUCCCCAAGUAAAAAGCCUAAGGUGGAGGCCGCAUCCAGAAAAGGGUCAAAGAAAGUGGCCAAGCCAGCUACGGAAAAAAGAGUGACCAAGCCGAAGCAAGGACAGAAGACACUGGGCAAAAAAGUACCCAAAACCCAACAAAAGAAACAGAAAAAAGUGUCCGUCUGAAAAGUGUUUGCAAAUAAAUCUUUUUUUUUUUUUUUCAUUUUCAAAUUUAUCCAUAUUUGUUAGUUCAAGUUUCUCUGGUGUUUGUUUAGACAGGCCAUAGUUAGAUAUGGCUACGGUCUAGAUUUACAUGAAAUAAACAGUAUUUACUCA